GCCAUGUGCAGUCCAAGCAUGUCUACAGAGUUGGAGCUGCCCUUCCGGCCGGACAGCCAGCUGACGGAGGUGAUGCGCCUGCGGGUUCAGUCUCUGCAGCAGCGAGGCCAGAAGAGGCAGGAAGGUGAACACCUGCUGCUGCCCAACGAGGCCGUGUACCGACUGGACUUCUCCAAACAGUCCCUCCGAUUCUCGCGGUGGUCGGUGCGUCUCCCCCAGACGGGACGCCUCACCAUCACGGCCACCUCGCAGCUCUGGACACCCGACCUCACCAACCUGAUGACACGUCAGCUGCUGGAGCCCGUCGGGGCUUUCUGGAGGGCGGCGGGCGACACGAUCGUCCAGUGCUACGAAGCCGAUGGGCACGAGUUUGGCGAGAGAAUCGCAGAUCUGGCUACGGUAAGGAAGGUGAUGUACUUCCUGUUUGCGUUUGCAGAUGGCUGCAUCCCUGAGACUGUUAACUGCUCCAUCGUCUUCACGGUGGACAGCUGA